GCUCUGCUGGCUCCCUCAGCACCUUCUCCCGUGUCUCUGGCCAGGCCAGCUGAGCCAACAUUGAGAAAUUUUGGGUCCAGUGAAAUCCUUGAAGCACUGCUUGAGGCACAGGACAGCUUUCCGCUCUGUCCUGGAUCCCUUCUGGCCCUCUGCCUGGUCCAGAGCCUUCCCUGGGGAGCAGAGUGGUUGAUGUGCUCCUGUUUCUCCAAGGAGGCCGCCUAGCCUCUGCCUCUCCUCCUCGCUUCGGGGCAGUGGUUUUGUCAUUUUGGCAUGACACCUGGGGCAUUUCUGCUCUGGAGAAGCCCUGCCUGCAGCACCCAUCCCCACUAGCUCUCCUUGCAGAUGCCCGGUGCAAGGUGACCUCCCGGCGCUGGGAGAAGGGUAGAGCUGCCCUUUUCGCGCUUACCGGCCGUCUUCAAGCAGAAAUAUGUCCCCAUGAACCGCCCUGGGAGGCUGUAGGGCAGGGCAGGGUCAUGGACCCUCAACCCUUGAAGUCUGGAGCCGCGGGGAGAUGCUGCUGCUGCUGCUGCUGGCUGGGAGGCACCGCUGGGGUGUCCUGCUCCCCUGGGUGAAGCCAGGGGGGGAGGAGAAGGGCUGGCCAGGGGUGUCCUCUCCUCCCCGGUGGGCCGUGGGCGCCAUCGCUUUCAUUUCGCUUCUCUUGCUCAGGCGGUAAAUCUCGCCUGACGGGCAGGAAGAGGCGCUGAGCGUCAGGAGGGGGGGGGGGAGGAGGUGCUGAGGCGGCAGCGCUGCUCGGUGCUUCCUCCCAGCAGGGUCCCUUUCCCGCGGCACCCAGGGAUGCUGCCCUGACACCCACGUCCCUGGGUGGGCGACCCAACCAUGGCUGUGUCCCCCGGAGGGAUCCCCGCUGAGCUGCAAGAGGGCAUCACCACCUUUCUGGGGACAAAGAAGGUCCUCCUGGUGACGAGCAUCCAGCUGCAGGUGAAAUCCAAGUACGACGACUAUAUCUUGGUGCUGACGCCCUGGCGAGCCUACGUGCUGCCGGUGAUGCUGCCGGUGAGGGUUCACAGCAGCUUCAGCUUCCUGGAGGUGAGGGAGAUGACGGUACGAGAGCCCAGCUUGGUUGUCAUAGAAACAGUUGCAGCAUCUUACGCCUUCCGGUUCAUGUCCUUCGAUGAUUUGGAGCAAGUUGUCAUUCACGUCACCAUGUCACUCAAGAAGGUCUUUCCAGACUCAUCCCCUGGGAUGCUGCUCAAGAACUCCCCCCCCAACCUGUACGAGAGGAUCCGGUGGAUCACCGACUCGCUGGAGGAGAUGCUGCAGAGCAGCCCCGGGCCCUGUGGGGGGUUUUCGGAGACCUACGCUGCUUUGUGCGAUUACAACGGCUUUGCCUUCCGCGAGGAGAUCCAGUGGGACGUGGACAACAUCUACCACAGCCAGGACUGCCGGGAGUUCAACCUGCAGGACUUCAGCCACCUGGAGAGCCGAGACGUGGCGCUGAGUGUUGCCGCCUUGUCCUUCAACCUGUGGUUCACCAAGCUCUCCUGCAAGGACUUCAGGCUGAACCAGGAGAUUUCGGAGCAGCUGCUCUACAUGCUCAGCAAAUCGGUGACACUGGAGGAGCUGGUGCUGGAAAACAGCGGGUUGAAAGCUGACUUUGCUCAGAGAAUGGCCCAGGCGCUCAGCAACCAUCCCGACUCUGUCCUGCACACCAUCAACCUUGCUGGCAACCAGCUGGAAGACAGAGGGAUUGUGGCCUUCAGCCGGCACGUGGAGAAGAGUCCCAAGGGUCUGCAGAGCCUCAGCUUGGCCAGGACGAUGCUCACUGCCAAAGCAGGGAUGAGCACAUUAUGCAAGGCCCUCGCGGAUAGCAAAGCCAUCGGAUCCUCCCUCCGGCACUUGGACCUCUCUGGAAACCCUGGCACGCUGGCUGGGGACGACAUCGGCAACCCGCAGAGCCUCCUCUGCCAGUGCCACUCGCUCUCCCACCUCAACCUGGCCGGCACGGACUGCUCUUUGGAUGCUCUCUUUGGAGCCCUGGUCCACGGAUGCCACACCAGCCUUGUCCACCUGGAUCUCUCCAAAAACGUGUAUUCCCACAAGAGGGUGAAAACCAUCUCCCCUGACAUCAAGAAGUUUUUCAGCCAGGCCUGCGCCCUCAGGCACGUCUCCCUGGCGGGUACCAAGCUGCCAGCAGAUGCUGUAAGGGCUUUGCUGCAAGGGCUGGCAGACAACAGCCACAUCAGUGACCUGCGCCUGGACCUCAGCAACUGCGAGCUGAGAUCAGCGGGGGCCCAAGUCAUCCAGGAUCUCAUCCCCGACGCCAGCUCCAUCAGCGACCUGGACUUGUCCGACAACGGCUUCGACCCCGACAUGGUGACGCUGGUGCUCUCCAUUGGCAGAAGCAAGUCCAUUAGGCAUGUCUCUCUGGGGAAAAACUUCAACAUCAAAUCCAAGGAGGGGCUGUUGGAUGUCCUGCACCGCAUCGUCCAGCUCAUCCAGGAGGACGACUGCCCUCUCCAGUCCCUGUCCGUGGCCGAAUCACGCCUCAAGCUGGGAACCAACGUCCUGCUGAGUGCCCUGGGCAGCAACACCAGCCUCAUCGCUCUGGACAUCAGCGGCAAUGGCAUGGGGGACACGGGGGCCAAGAUGCUAGCCAAGGCCCUGCAGAUCAACACGAAGCUCAGGACUGUGGUUUGGGACAGGAACAACACAACUGCCCACGGGCUCCUGGAGGUGGCUCAGGCUUUGGAGAGGAAUUACACCCUCAAGUCGAUGCCCUUGCCCAUGAGCGACGUGGCGCAGGCGUACCGCAACAACCCCGAGAAAACGGAGGAGGCCGUGCACAAGCUCCAGUCCUGCCUGACGAGGAACCAGCUGCGGCGCACGCUGCCCGCGCAGACCUUCCGCCUGCAGCAGGGCAUCCUCACCACCUCUUCCGAACAGAUGGUGAAUGAGAUCUGCCUGAGCGUGCAGAAGCACGUCGACAUCCUCAGCGCCUGCCCGGGCAGGGAGGCGGAGGCGGACAUCCUCUGCGCCGAGGAGGCCAUCAGGAACGCCAACCUCUCCGUCAGCAUCCUGCCCCUCUUGUACGAAGAGGGAAACACCCCGUACCAGAACAGCAAACUGCAGCACAAGCUGGAGUGUCUCACAGAGGAAGCGUCGCAGAUCUGCAGCCGGGAAAUCCAGGCGAUCAUGCAGGCAGCGCUGGACACGGCGCACAGACUCUGCCCAGCCGUGGUGCAGAAGUCCGGGGUCAGGGACCAGCUGGUCAACGCCAUGUCGGAGCAGAUCUACCUCCAGGACCACCUCAACCUCAGCACAGUCCUGGACCAGAUGGUCACCGACGUCUUCAGCAAGCUGAAUGAAAUCAAACUGUCCGUCACAGCCGCUGUGGCCGACUGCAUCGUGGAUGCCGUGCUGGGAGACCUGACCAUCGCCCAGUGCAAACUGGCGGAGAGCCUCCCCAAGCAGGGGCUUGACCUCCCGGUGCUGCUGCCAGAGCCAGCUGAGGAUGACGCCGCUGCGCUGGCAAGGGGCAGGAAUCCUCCAGACCUCGCCGCAGAGGAGUACAAGAUGGCCCUGCGGAGGAAAAACAAGCAUUUCAGGAGCAUUCGGCCCACACCAACUGUGAGAAGUGUCUCGGAGCUGGAGCCGGCGGCGGGCAGGGACGCCAGCGGGCUCCGAGCUCACCGGGCGCCGCCGUCACUCAGCCCCGCCGCGCCGCCGGCACGCCCUGCCUCCACAAAGGAUGCUGAGCCUGCGAGCAGCUCGCUCCCCUCCACGCAGCCUGCCACCACCACCGCCGCCGGAUCCCUUAUGGACCUGCCGACCGCCGGCGAGAAGCUGGAGCAUUGCACCAAAGCCAGGCCCCGGCCCAACCGCCGGCACAAGCAACCGCCCAGCAAGCCCAAUGUGCAGCCCGUGGCCUGCGAGAACAGCGAGGACAGGAGCAUCACCCGCGUGGACGAGGGGUUGGAGGACUUCUUUGCCAAGAGGCUCAUCACAGAGGAGCUGCCCCCCACGGCUCCGGAGACCUGCCCGGGAUCAGCCCCUCUGGCCCACUCCGGCUCCCGCACCCUCAAGAAGAAAAUUGGGAAUUUUUUUGCCUUCAAGAAACCCAAAUCCAGCCGGGGCUCGAGGUGUGAGAAGGAGCCCGAGGGUGGCCCUGCUGCCCCCCGGAGCCGGCGCUCGAUGCUCAGUGACAUUUUACGAGCCCCCAGCAAGGCGGGCGAGGCGGGCAAGCCGCUGAGUAAAUCGGAGGAGGGGGGGCUCGCUGCCGAGCCCCGGGCAGAGCCCGAGCACUGCCAGACCCCCGACUCUGCCCGCAGGAUCCGGCCCAAGUACUCACGGGAGGGCAAAUCCCAGUCGCUCAUAUUGCUGUCUGGGGAGGACGAGGACGCGCUGGGGGUCAGGCACGACAAGAAAAGGCACCUGGAGAAGAGUGAGGGCGAGCUGCCCGGCUCCUUCGAGCAGCGCAUGCAGGUCAUGCUCCACCGCAUCGGUGUCACCAAGGGCCCGGCCGCCGAGGGCAAGAAGCAGCAGAGCAAAGACAGCGAGAUCAAGAAAGCCGGCUCUGACGGGGACAUCGUGGACAGCUCUGUGGAUUCCCCCCCCUCCCUGAAGGCCCGCACGCACUCUGUGUCCACAGACGCACCCUUCCGUGGCGCGCCGGCCACCACGGAGCCCAGCGCCGGCGCGGCCGAGCCCCGACCCACAUGGAAAGCCCUGGGGAGGCCGCUGCCCGCCAAGCUGCAGGGCACCGGUUCCGACCAGCCCCGACACUCCUUCAUCCCGGCUGAGCCCUGCGGGCUGCUGGAACCGGGGGGCCGGGAGGGCUGGAGCAGCAGCCUGCCACGGCCGGGGAGGAGCACGCCGGCGGCACUGCCACGGAGGGUCAGCCACGGCGGGGAGGGGGGUGCCGGCAGCCCCCUGCCCACGCUGCCCGACGCCGAAGACAACCGGCUGACGCCGCGGCUGGUGGCACCAUGGGGGACCGGCCGCCGAGCUGUGUCCGUCCACGAGGAGCAGCUCAGGGAGCCCGAGUGCCCGGCGGAGCUGGGAACGGGCACCGUCCCCCUGCGCCUGCGCCGGUCGCCCGUGCUCAAACGGAGAACCAAGCACGAUUCCCUCCCGGGGCCGGAGGGUGAGCCCAGACCGUCCUCGGAUGCUGCAGGUGCCACGCCGCAGGAUCGGCCCCGCGCCGGGCUGGAGGAGCCGCAAGCUGGAGCGGGUCCCGGAGGCGAGCGGUCGCAAGCCCCGGCACAAACUGUCCCGAAUGCACAAGACUCAGCAGCCGUAGACCAAAGAUGCCCGGUGCUGGGCCGGGGGGAGCCAGCCCGGGGGCAGUGAAGCCCCCCUGCAUGCCGCUGCGCUGUUCCCAAUAAAACCCUGCAAGCAA